ACCAAAGUUGGCUAUUCCUAUUCAACAGAUAUAUAGCGUCAGUCGUGCAUCGUUAGUAUUGAGAUGUCAAGUGAUAACUCCCAGUUACUACCGGUCUGCUCAAGGCUUUCCCCUGGAAGACACGACCUUCCGUCUUUAAAGCUAUCUUUUACACCUAUAGCCACGCACAAGGGGCUGUUAAUACUCUUUAAGACCGAGAAUGUCUACACCAGGCGACCGCCGUCCAAGUUUAGCAGCGUCAAAUGCGCCUGAGCCGGGGUUGGACGACGAGACCCUUGAGGAGUAUGCCGACAUUUUCGCCCAUAUGCGUACGAACGACGAAGCUCGCGCACGCGCAGGUGAUGUGCGCGGCCUCUGGACAACGGCGGACAAUACGAUCACACAUUUAUCUUCGCACUUUGUCACAGAACCACACGUUGAUUUUAGUGGUGGCUGGACCUUCCAGUUGCAAAACUUAUGGCACCUGUACUAUGUCACUGGUAAAUAUUGUUCAGAGGAUGCAGUGGCGCCAGUUGUACUCCAGCUUAUUGAGACUUCCCAUCGAGGGUUGUUGGCAAGAAAUCAAGUUACCAGCAAUGGCACGGUGGAGGUAGAGCAUGCCCCGGUCAUCGUUCGGGUCGGAAACCACAUCAUACAGCAGUAUCUGUGGCAGGACCUACCGUUCCUGGUGCCGGACAUGACGAGUUACUGGCUUCAAGACUGUGCACGAAUGAGCUCAAGCCAACGGGUGAGAAUCAGCUUCUUCUGGGCGUCACUGGUCGCGGCUAGUUCGGCCCCUUGGUCCUAUGGCCUAUGCAGGAUCGCCCUCAUUGUUCUGCGCGAUACGCUCGAGACACAGCGACGACUUGUCAGAGCCGGUGUCGAGCCAGGUGGCGAGGAUAGCGAGAAUUCCGGGAGAACGAUCGACAUGCUCACGAUUGCCGACUUGUUGCGUGCGGCCAACGCGUGGCUUGUGCGGGCUGGUGGGCGAAUCACGCAGCUCUGCGAAGCAGGCGACAGCAACGUAGCCACGGGGCUGACGAUACCGGUGCCCGAGGAAGUGAGCCAACUGGGACCGCUGGCUCAAGCAGCAGGCAUUCAGGCAGUCACAGGGGGAUUCAGUUCGCAACGGUGGUUCUUCUGGCUGCAGCGUCUCGACGAGAUAGGGGCGGAAGCGUCCCCUCAGGGGUUGGCAGACAGCUCAGUCAUGGGCAUGACAUCGCCGUUCGUACAAAGAGUGCGCGAGGAGAAGCAAAUGGCUAGGCGAGUGACAUACAACAUGAUCUAUGCGGCAAGCCAGUCGAACUCGACCAUAGUGCAAGAGCUCAUGAGGAUGGGAAGGGUGCCGCUAUGAGACAUGAUUGA